AAACAAGAUCCAUGGUUUCUAACUUAAUUUUCUUUAUCCGAUCCGCAGGAGAAAUAAGCAAAAAUGUCGUCAAUCAUGAAACCCAAAGAACUGUUAUCCGUAACUCGAGCAAAUGUGAAGGUUCUUGCUCACAUUUUAGAGAUCAUACCAGUUGGCACAUUCUCGCAAAUCAUGGCAACAACUCCUAAUUCUGGCAUCAAGGUUGAGGAGGUGCUCGAAGCAGUAUAUGCACGUUGGCGUGUAUCACGGCAUGUCCAAGAUAGCCUGAAAGGUACGGAUUGGGAGAAAAAUAUGUGUCACAUGAGAGAUCAAGGAUGCUGCCAGACAUGCUGGGCAGUAGUGGUGUCGGAGCUUAUUAGUGCGUUGCUCUUUAUUGAGGGCAUAGACAACGAAUAUACGGAGUACUCAAUCCAAGAACUAGUUGAUUUUGCUGAUCCGUCGAAGGCAGGAACACAUAAAGACCGAAAACACUAUUGUUACACUCUAAGUAUAGGGAAAGGUUUGGACUAUGUACUCAAACAUGGGCUUCAAAAGGCAAUUCAUAGGAAGUAUGUGGGGUGUAGACCAAAAUCCGAGAUUCCAGCACGUUCUACAGUAGAUCUGGCACAUAUAACUCGCGUGGAUAGAUUAUCUUUCCCUGAAGCACUUAUCAGACUUAAGAGACAACCCAUUGGAGCUUCCCUCUACAUAUUCACGCCUGAUUACGUGAAUACUAAAGGGAGGAAAAAGGAGAAAUGUUGUUCAAGGUCAAAUCCACCCACGGUGAUAGGGUAG